AUGGGACAAAAACUCUCGACAGUUGUUAGUGAGAGUACGGACAAACAAAAAGAGGGACUAAAGUUUCUCCGUACAAUGAUCGUUUCAAAAUUGAAAAGCUUUGAGCAUGAACUCUUAAACCCACCUUCAAACACUCAUAUGGUUCGUAUUGGAACGGUGGUGGAUAGAGUCGAAGAUAUCCACAUCAAUGCCUCGACGAAUUCUGAUAAGUUAAGCAAGCAAAUAAAUAAAACGUUGGAUAGUUUGUUCUCUGGAGACACUGCAGUAGCACUGAAAAUGGCCUUGUCGACAACUGUGAAAACAUUUCUCGGCCGUUCCGAGGCUGGAGAGUCAACUUUUCGUGACUACCACAUCUACUUACAGGAUAAUGCAUUGUCCAUAAUAAAUCACGAAGAGGUCUCUCGUGAUUUACUGAUAUACGAGAUAACGCGGUUUGUAAGGAACUAUAUGAAGGGGAACGCUUUAACUAUGAACUCAAAAUUAGAUGAGCAAGAAAUUAAUGAAGAGGUCACCCAGUAUCUCCAGAGGCUGCAUAGCAUUUACAAACUUUUUGAUCAUGGCAAUAAUAGCAACGACCCGCAGAUAUCAAAUAGAUUGUUUUAG